AUGUCGGACAAAGCUGGGGCAGCUUAUGUACCCCUAACUCAGGGAUUUGGAUAUGGAAUCAUCCUCGGUCUGGGGUUUGCAUUUGCCCUCGGCAUGAUCUUCACCACGUGGGCCUUGAAGCGCUAUCAUGGAGAGGUGCAAACAUCUGAAGCAUUCUCAACCGCUGGCAGAACUGUGAAGUCAGGGCUUGUCGCCGCCGCGGUCGUCAGUAGUUGGACUUGGGCGGCAACUCUUCUUCAGUCGUCUGGUGUUGCUUACUCUUAUGGCGUCAGCGGACCCUUUUGGUACGCUUCGGGUGCCACCGUCCAGAUCCUGCUUUUCGCAACCCUGGCCAUUGAACUCAAGAGAAGAGCACCAAAUGCACAUACUUUCCUUGAAGUAAUCAAGGCGAGGUAUGGCGUCGUGACGCAUAUUGUAUUCUUGGUCUUUGGCCUAAUGACCAACAUCCUAGUCACCGCCAUGCUUUUGACUGGCGGAAGUGCUGUUGCAAGCUCUCUUUGCGGCGUUCCAACUGCUGCUGCUUGUUUCUUGCUACCUGUCGGUGUCGUUCUCUACACCAUGUUCGGCGGCAUCAAGGCGACUUUCUUAACCGAUUAUGUUCACACAGUUAUCAUUUUGGUGAUUAUCUUCGUCUUUGCCUUUAGUGCCUAUGCCACAAACGAGGUGGUAGGAUCGCCAGGUAAGGUUUGGGAUUUGCUUGUGGAAGCUGCCGCACGACACCCCGUGGAUGGCAAUGCUGAGGGGAGCUAUCUCACGAUGCAGAGCAAAGAAGGAGCAAUCUUCUUUGUUAUCAAUAUCGUUGGCAACUUUGGGACAGUAUUUUUGGACAACGGAUAUUACAAUAAGGCAAUCGCUGCCUCGCCGGUCGAUGCGCUGCCAGGAUACGUGCUAGGAGGCUUGUCUUGGUUUGCCAUUCCAUGGCUUUGCGCAACGACGAUGGGACUUUCAGCACUGGCCUUGGAAAACAACCCUGUCUUCCCUACGUAUCCCAAUCGGAUUCCUCACGCCGAUGUCAGUGCUGGGUUAGUCUUGCCAUAUGCUGCGGUCGCCCUCCUUGGAAAAGGAGGCGCUGCAGCCACACUGCUUCUCAUCUUCAUGGCAGUGACUUCUGCUUCGUCUGCUGAGCUGAUCGCUGUCUCAUCAAUCUGGACGUACGAUAUUUACCAAACCUACAUCAAUCCUAAGGCUUCUGGGAAAUUCUUGAUCCGAAUGUCGCAUGUCUCUUGCGUCGUCUACGCCAUUAUACUUGCAUCUUUCUCAACUGGUUUGUUCUACGCUGGAGUCGGCAUGGGGUACCUAUACUUGUUGAUGGGAUGCAUCAUUUCAAGUGCCGUGCUUCCAGCAACAUUAGCCCUAAUGUGGAAAGACCAGAACUGGCAAGCAGCAGCAGGAGCACCAGUGCUAGGCUUUAUCUGCGCCAUUAUUGCCUGGCUCGUGACCGCGAAGAAGGAGUGCGGUGUGCUCAAUGUUGACUGCACCGGCUCCAACAACCCCAUGCUAGCCGGCAAUGUGACAGCCUUGCUCAGCCCUAUCGUCUUCAUUCCAAUUCUGACCUUUGCGUUUGGCAAGCAAAACUACGACUGGCAGUCCAUGAAAACCAUCCGCAAGGUUGACGACUCAGAGAUCAUCCGCAGAUCUAGCGUGGAUGCUGAGAUCGUGCAAACCCAAGUCACACAGUCGCCAGAGGAGGAAGCCGCCGAACAGAAGAAGUUGACUAAGGCUGCAGUGAUUGCGAGAAGCAUGACAGUCAUUAUGACCUUGGCUCUUCUGGUGCUGUGGCCAAUGCCAUUGUAUGGGACUGGAUAUAUCUUCAGUAAGAAAUUCUUUACAGGCUGGGUCGUUGUGGGAAUCUUGUGGCUAUUCUUCAGUACAUUCUGUGUCGGUUUAUUCCCGCUCUGGCAAGGCCGCAAGACCAUGGUUCAUACUGUCAAGUCAAUCAUUUUGGACAUUUCUGGCAAGAAGAAGCCCGCUCUACAUGGUCGUGUUGCUGAGGUUGAGGAAGAAAGCGGCCAACAGACUCCUGAGGAGAAAGUGACACUGAAGUCCUAG